AUGGGCCUCUUCUCCAGAAAAGACAAGUCCACACGGGGCGUCACAUCCAAACCGUCCCUCACAACCGUGCAGUCACAGGUCAGCCUCGACUCAGGAAGCUCCAGCAUCAAAUCACCAGCAGGCACCUUCAGCUCUCGAGCAAUGAAUCGCAGCUCCGCAGGCACGAAUAACACCUCGGCACCAAACACGCCGCUCUCUCCAUUCUCCCCACAGGUCCCCAAGAUCGACCUGCCAAAGCCCCCGGACCCGGAGAUCGACCCUGCUGGGUACCUCAGGGACCUGGCUGCCGUCAGGGACAGAUGCAGGGUCAUCACCACCAAGGCAGUCAAGAAUGAGCUGAGACAUUUCGAUGUGGACAUGCGCAAGUUCCCCGAGGUGGUGAGCUUUGUCGCAAGCAUUAUCAGGAGAGACUACGACGCCCCAUUUACCUCUAUACCCGCACAUGGCAGACACCAGCACUUUUGCGUGGGCGGCCGAGAUAGGAUCGCCCACCUUUUGUCGACUUGGGAGAACUUGGAUAGCACUGAGAAAUGCCGUCGUCUGAUCGACCUGUUCCUGGUCAGCGUUCUACUGGAUGCUGGCGCAGGGACGCAGUGGAGCUAUAAGAGCACCGAAAAUGGUCGAAUCUACAGAAGAUCUGAGGGCAUUGCAGUCGCCAGCCUGGAGAUGUUCAAGACUGGCAUGUUCUCCAGUGACAAGACAAACAAGUACCAAGUUGACAAGGACGGACUGCGCAACCUCAGUCUUGAACAAAUGGCCAAGGGCCUGCAGUCAAAACCCGGCAACGAGAUGGCAGGUCUUGAGGGGCGAACCGAGCUCCUGAUCAGGCUCGCAGACGCAUUGGACUCCAACAAGGAGUUCUUUGGUGAGAAUGGACGUCCGGGCAAUAUGCUUGACUACCUACUUUCUCACCCAUCGACACAAGCCUCGUCAAUGCCCAUCGUGCCGCUACCGACGCUCUGGAACGUCCUCAUGUCAGGAUUAGCGCCCAUCUGGCCCCAGUCGCGCACGGCCAUCAAUGGCAUCUCACUAGGCGACGCCUGGCCAUGCUCCACGAUGCCCCAGCCAGCACAAGCUACAUCGCCCUCAAGCACCGGCCCCAGCUUCAGCCCGUUCCCCAAUACCUCUAGCCGGUCUGGAUCUGCAGCAGCCUGGGAGUCCAUCCUGCCGUUCCAUAAGCUGACGCAGUGGCUCACCUACUCCCUGAUGCAGCCCAUGCAACAGCUGAUGAAAAUACACUUUGCCGGCCAGGAGCUCCUGACUGGUCUUCCCGAGUACCGGAACGGUGGGCUGUUCGUCGACCUGGGCGUGUUGACGCUCAAGCCCGAGGACAUGGAGAGGGGCUUGCAGCAUUACAAGGAGUACUGCUCUAGGACCGGCGACCCCGGAAUCGAGGUCGCCCCCAUGUUCGAACCUAGUGACGACCUCGUGGUGGAGUGGCGCGGCGUCACUGUUGGCCUCCUGGACCGUUUGGCUGCGGAUGUCAACCAUACGCUGAAGACCGAGCUGGCUGGAAACGAGCUGUCAUUACCCCAAGUGUUGGAGGCUGGAAGCUGGAAGGGUGGUCGUGAGAUUGCCGAGAUCAACCGGCCAAACACCAAGGAGCCACCAAUCCUUAUCGACAGCGACGGCACGGUGUUCUAG